AUGUUGUCGGGCAUCCUCGUCUUCAACCAAAAGGGCGAGAACCUGAUCUUCAGGGCCUUCCGCAACGACUGCCGCCCACGACUCGCCGAUGUCUUCCGCAUCCAGGUCAUCAGCAACGCCCAAGUCCGGUCGCCCAUCCUGACCCUCGGCAGCACCACCUUCAGCCAUGUCAAGCACGAAAACAUCUAUCUGGUGGCCAUCACCAAGAGCAACGCCAAUGCCGCCCUCGUCUUCGAGUUCCUGUACCGCCUGAUCCAGCUCGGCCGUGGCUACUUUGGCAAAUUCGAUGAGGAAGCUGUUAAAAACAACUUCGUUCUGGUUUAUGAGCUCCUGGAUGAGAUCAUCGAUUUCGGCUAUCCCCAAAACACCGAGACCGACACGCUCAAGAUGUACAUCACGACAGAGGGUGUCAAGACGGAGCGCGCCCCGGAAGACUCGGCCAAGAUCACCAUGCAGGCGACAGGCGCGCUGUCGUGGCGGAAGGCCGACGUCAAGUACCGAAAGAACGAGGCGUUCGUAGAUGUCAUCGAGGACGUGAACCUCCUCAUGAGCGCGACCGGCGCCGUGCUCCGCGCCGACGUCACCGGCCAGAUCAUCAUGCGCGCCUACCUCAGCGGGACACCCGAGUGCAAGUUUGGGCUGAACGACCGCCUGCUGCUCGAUAACGACGGGCUGCUGAGCCUCCCCAGCGGUAAUAGGAUGGGGAGCAAGGCAACCAAGGCGGCCGCGGGCAGCGUCACACUCGAGGACUGCCAGUUUCACCAGUGCGUCAAGCUGGGCAAGUUCGACAGCGACCGCAUCAUCAGCUUCGUGCCGCCCGACGGCGAGUUCGAGCUGAUGCGCUACCGCUCCACCGAGAACGUCAACCUGCCCUUCAAGGUGCACGCCAUCGUCAACGAGGUCGGCAAGACCAAGGUCGAGUACAGCAUCGGCGUGCGCGCCAACUUUGGCUCCAAGCUGUUCGCCACCAACGUCGUCGUCCGCAUCCCCACGCCGCUCAACACGGCCCGGAUCACGGAGCGCUGCACCCAGGGCAAGGCCAAAUACGAGCCGUCCGAGAACAACAUCGUCUGGAAGAUCGGCCGCUUCACCGGCCAGAGCGAUUCUGGUCUGCUGGUGGCCUACCUCAAGGUGUUUGAGAAGAGCAACAACUCGAGUUUCAAAUGGGUGCGGUACAUCACGAGGGCUGGGAGUUACGAAACCAGGUUCUGA